AUGGCUCGCCGAAGCUCUGGUGGAAGAUCCCGUCCAGCUCCUAGGCCUGCACCAGCACGUAAUCCCCCUGCACCAGCACGUAAUCCCCCUGCACCAGCACACCAUGCUCCACCUCCGGCUCCUGUUCAAGGUGGCAGUGGUGGAUCCAUGCUUGGAGGCAUUGGCUCAACCAUAGCUCAAGGCAUGGCUUUCGGUGGUGGAAGUGCAGUUGCACAUAGGGCUGUGGAUGCUGUGCUAGGUCCUCGCACCAUUCAGCAUGAAACUGUUGCGUCUGGAGCUGAUGCUGCCACAGCACCCACCACAAACAGUAUUGGUGGCUCUGAGGCUUGCAGCAUGCAUUCCAAGGCAUUCCAAGAUUGCCUGAAUAGCUCUGGCAAUGACAUUGGCAAGUGUCAGUUCUAUAUGGAUAUGUUGUCCGAGUGCAGGAGAAACUCAGGCUCUAUGAUGAGUGCUUAA